AUAAAAAAAUAAAAAAUAAGAAGAAAAUAGAAAAGCAAAGGCGAAAAGAAAGUAACGGAGGAAGAGGCGGAGAUAAAGAAAGAGUGAAGAGGAGGAGGUGUCUCAGGCCAUGACAGAGGCGGAGGCAAAGCAGUAAGCAAAAUUCAGUAUCUGCUCUGCUCAUCAGCUAAUUAAUGGCAACUGCAAUGACAUUUCCGAACCAUCCAAGGUGUUGUAGGCUUCUACCGAUGGAGGCUCUUAGAUCUGAUCCUCUAGUUGUAAGCUGUACUUCAUGCUUCCAUAAUGCCUUUUGCCACAAACUCUUUUCUCAAUCUUCCUAUGUGUAUGUGGCUGAACCAUCUUGGAAUAACAGUUUCAGGACGAUACCCUGGAAAACUAGAAGUAGUGUAGAUAGCAGCGGAGUGGAUCCUUCUUCCUCAAGUAGCACUAAUGGUGGAACACGAUUACUUAGGGCUAUCAAAACUUUGCAGGCCAAAAUAGUUGCUAGAAUUCAAGAAACUAGGAAGAAUCUUCCAGUCAAAAUACUAUUUUUCUUGGUAGGAUUCUAUUGUGCAACUGCCUUUGCUACUGUUAUUGGUCAGACAGGCGAUUGGGAUAUUCUAUCUGCUGCGUUGGCUGUGGCAGUGGUGGAGGGAAUCGGAGCACUCAUGUAUAGGGCCUCUUUUUCCUUGUUCAGCAAUAUGAGGAGCCUCAUCACCAUGUUUAAUUAUUGGAAGGCUGGGCUUUGUCUUGGUCUAUUCUUGGAUUCAUUUAAAUAUGACAUUGGUGACAUUAUGAGUUUCAGUAAUUCUUUUUAUUUUGAAUUGGAUAUAUUCCCCAUCUUCUUCGGCUGAUGCGUUUUGCAUCAAAGGAUUUGAAGAGGUGAUCAAUCUUUGUUUCCACACAUGUAUCUUAUCCUUUGAAAAUAUGACCCGGAAGCACUUUUGGGAAAUGACACGAGGCAGGUUGCCGUUGGCUUGUUGAUUUUAACUGCAUUUAUUUGUAUACAGGCGCUCAAAAUGAUCAAGUUUGUCUAAAAGGUUAGGUAGAACAAACAUAAAUUCUCUUGACGUUUUACUCUGUUAUUUUACUGUAGUAAAAAACCAGUUUGCUGAAUGACAACAGCUAUAUACCUCAAAAAUUACACUAAUGUAUGUUUAUGUGAAUAGCAGUAUCUAAGAAAUCUCUAUCUCUAUGAUUUUCACUAUUUGUAGAUCAUGAAUGGUAUCUGAACAUUAAUCUUAACCUAUUUCAUUGCCA